GGUGAAGUUGGGGCUCCGAAGGAAGCCGAAGGCAAGAUCGGCUUCGGAAGGCAGAUACGGGACUGUAGGCGGCUGGACGCUGUCUGUGCUAGACAUCGUCACCCCUGUAAUUUUCACCUCCUGAAGUGAUGCCUGGAGCACCAUAUUUUUUCUAUCAAUCCAAAUGGUCAGAAUGUCGCUCGUGGCUUAUUGUGGUAUUUGCUGUAGAAAGAUAGGAACGUUUGGUUCAGCUCAGAAAACUGACCAGUCCUGGAAAGAUUUCAGAAAAAUUGCAAAGAUAACAGGCUCACUUAUUCUGGGUGGUUGUAUUUUUGCUGCAUAUGAAGUUCUAGCUUUAAAGAAAGCACUGUCUUUUGAUACUCAAGUAGUACAGCAAGAAAAAUUAAAAUCCUACAUUUAUUUACAAACAGUUUCUUUAGAUCCAAGUGAAUAUCAAGGGAUUACUUACCAAGUGAGAAAGAAGCUUCACAAAGUAGCAAGGAAAAUUUUGGAAACAAAUGCUAGGAUUUUUCGAAGGCCAUUUGAUGAACGCUUCAGUACCUUUGAUGCAGAAGAACAUGAGUGCACUUUGUGGCUCCUUGUGAAAAGAAGCCAGUCUGAAGAUAAAAUGGUCCGACUGCAAGCUGUACGGGAACUGGCUUCCAAUCAUUGGCGUGAUUAUCAAUAUAGAACAGCUGCCCAGGCCAUUGAUCAAAGAACUGCUAUUGGUUUAGCUCGAAGUAAAGAUGUAGACCUGCGAUUUUUCCUGCCACCCCAUCUUUUACCCAAACCAGCAGAUGCUUGUUUAGAAGAUGAACUUCGACUGCUGCUGGCAGCUUUACCACAGACAGAUCUUGACCCAUGUGUACAGUAUUUUACAUCUUUGGCUUUAAGAGAAAGUAGCCAGGCCAUUGCUGCACAAAAGGGGGGCUUGUGGUGUUUUGGUGGAAACGGACUUCCUUACUGUGAAAGUCUUAGCACUGUCCCUGCAAAGACAAUAGAACUCUUCUGUUUGCAAGCCUUAGUGCAACAUUCAAAGGUUCCUAGUCAUUGUGAGGAAAUUGAAUCAAACAAAGGUCUUCAGUUGCUCCAGAAACUAUACCAUCUUUGUAGAAAUUCCCCCAAAAUACAAAGGAGCAUUAUUCACAUAAUUGGAAACAUGGCACUGGAUGAGCGACUUCAUUCAUCCAUAUAUCGUGCAGGUUGGGUUUCUGUACUAGCUGAAAUGGCAAAGUCUCCUCAUGUCAUGGAAUCCUCCCACGCAGCAAGAGCUUUGGCCAACCUAGACAGGGAAACGGUACAGGAGAAGUAUCCAGAUGGCGUGUAUCUUUUACACCCACAAUAUCGAACUGAUGAGCCUAUUAAAGCGGAUAUCCUAUUUGUUCAUGGCCUGUUGGGAGCAGCAUUUAAAACAUGGCGGCAACAAGACAUUGAGAAAUCUGCUGCUGAGAAGGAAGCAGAUACAGAAGACCACUAUAGUGAAUGUUGGCCAAAGACAUGGUUAGCAUCAGACUGCCCAUCCCUUAGAAUUAUAUCUGUGGAAUAUGAUACCCACCUGAGUGAUUGGAAGGCGACAUGUCCUGUGGAGAACUACAGGGAGUCUCUUGCCUACAGGAGUGCAGAGCUUCUCAAGAAGCUGAGAGCUGCUGGUGUUGGAGACCGACCCCUUGUCUGGCUCUCACACAGUAUGGGAGGUCUUCUGGUCAAGAAGAUGCUGUUGGAUGCUUCAAUGGACUCUGAAAUGAGCUCAAUUGUAAAUAAUACCCGGGGGGUUAUAUUUUAUAGUGUUCCUCAUCGUGGUUCUCACUUGGCUGAAUACUCAAUAAAUGUUAGAUUUCUGCUCUUUCCUUCUGUGGAAGUUAAAGAGCUCAGCAAAGAUUCUCCUGCCCUUAAAGCACUGAAUGAUGACUUCAUCUCAUUUGCCAAGGAUAAGAACUUCCCUGUAUUGAGCUUUGCUGAGACACUGCCAACACGGGUUGGUAGAAUGCUGAGCCUGCAUGUGGUACCAGUAGAAUCUGCAGAUUUAGGCAUAGGAGAACUCAUUCCAGUGGAAGUUAGUCACUUGAAUAUUUGCAAACCAAAGAACAAGGACUCCUUCCUCUACCAACACACUUUGAAGUUUAUUCAAGAUACUUUAGCAGGAGAGCUGGAAAACCAAUGACCUAUAAAGCUUUGUUUAUUUGCCCUAAUUACUGCUGUCACAGACUGCUGUACAGAAAGUUUGUUUCAGAUGACAGAGCUGUAGCAUGUGGCUUUAUUGCUGUCAACAUCUCCUAACAGUGUACUCAAGACAUGAAAGUGCCUAACUGUACAGUGCCAUGCAUCACACACACACAUCUUUGUUGUUUACUUUUGUACAUAGAUGAAUCUACCUGGAAGGUUGUGCCACAAAAAAGUCUAAUUCAGUGCUCGGUAAGAAAGAAGGUGCCUGAGUUCCCCUAAGGCCUUUUUUCCUUUCUAUAGGAACAAUACAAAAUAUCCUUUCUAUGCAGAUCACUUUUGUUGGGUUUGUCCUGCAUUCAUUUUAGCUAGUUACGUAAUCUGGUUGAGGUGGAUAUCCAAGCAGUAUCUGACAUGUCCUGUACAUAUAUGUAGGUAGAAAAUAGACUGAAAUAACAAAUCUCUUUUCUUGCAAUAAAGGUGUGUCCUUAUACUUGUGCUUCUGCAUUGGAAAUAUCAGACCAUCUUAUGAAAAGAAUUGUCAUCAGAUACUUUGAGAUGAUAAAGGAACCCUGCUCGUAUUUGUAAAGGAGGGAGGAAAAUUGUAUAGAGAAUAUUGAACCAGCAAACCUAGAUGUGUGUUCUUUGCACCUGCUUGCAGAAGAAAAAAAACACACCAUA